AUGGCACGCAUUGACGGCAAAUGGUUUCGCGAGGAGAACGAUUUGUGGCCCGGAUACUCUCAGUCUUAUGACAUUUAAGAAGUUUUACACAAAUCUAAAUCCAGAUAUCAUGAAAUCUUCGUAUUUAAGAGCAAAUCUUUCGGAAAUGUUCUGGUCCUCGACGGAAUAGUACAAUGUUCGGAGCGGGACGAAUUCGCCUACCAAGAAAUGAUAGCACAUUUACCACUCAGCUGUCAUCACAAUCCCAAAAAGGUCCUGGUUGCAGGAGGCGGUGAUGGUGGCGUAGUUCGUGAAGUCCCGAAACAUUACGUCCAAAGUGUGGUUCUGUGUGAGAUAGAUGAGAAAGUUAUUGCGGUUAGUAAGAAGUACCUCCCUGAAAUGUCCAAGUGUUUUGGAGACCCAAGACUGUGUGUGUUAAUCGGUGAUGGCGUAGAGUUCAUGAAACAGAAUAAGGGAGAGUUUGAUGUGAUUAUUACAGAUGCCCCGGACCCUGUAGGUGUCGCUGUUGGUUUGUUUGAGAUAGAUUAUUUCAAUAGUAUGCGGACUGCCCUGGCCCCCAGGGGUGUGACGUGCUCACAAGGUGAUAGUUUUUACAUGGGCCUACCGUUUGUCCAAAAGUUCCUGACUAUUGCACGCUCAGCUUUUCCAAAUGUAGGGUUUGCCUACACCCUAAUACCAAGCUAUACGGGCGGCCAUAUUGGAUUUGUCAUGUGUUGCGCAAGUUCGGAUGUGGUGUUUGAGGAGCCAGUUAAAUGUUACACAGAUGAAGAAAUUUGUCAGAUGGAUUUCCGCUAUUACAACACAGCUAUACAUCGUGCAGCCUUUGUCUUACCACAGUUUGUUAAAAAGGCACUGGAGCAAACAUCAGACAGAGCUAAGGGCCAGACCGACACAUGA